AUGGUUCAAGUCCAGAGAAUCGCUCACAUCACCAACGAUCUCAGGAAGUUCGUCCUACUAGGACACGUUUUUUUCAUCAAUUUACCGUUACAUGUUACCGACUUGUAUGCCCCACCGGUUACUGACGAUGACCCGGAAGAGCGUUGGGCUGAUUUGGAACUAUUGACCAUGAGAGCUCCAGACUGCCAUCCAUUGAUCAAAGACAUGGCUCAGUUGCAACUUCAGCGGUAUAUUAUGUGUACCUUCAAAGUUGUUGAGGGAGUUGCUCGUCUAUCGGUGUAUGCUCUCCCUGCUGACGAUGACGACAUAUGGCCUGUGCUAGAAUGGCGCAAACGACCUCUGGUGGCGCUGAGGCUCCAGUGGUACCGCAUGUUACAUGGUAUUAGUGUGGGGAAGUCUAAGUUUGUGGUCGAUUUUAGGGCUACCGAAGCGUCGUGGGAAUGGGAUUACGCUCCCGUGGAAAAGUGGGUUAGUGGUGUUGCCACCAAUCGAUCAGAGGGCUUAGAUCACAGGGUAAAUCGGAUAUAUAAUCUGAUAGAACCACCAAAAGUUGAUGGGUUAAUGAAAAGUGGCCAGCAAAUCCCUACGACCGAUGAUCUAAUCAUUGAGGUGCAGAAUGGUAGAGUAAAUGGCGUCAAGACCAGAUUGUACGGUUAUCAACGCCAGUCGGUUAGCGCAAUGCUUCAACGCGAGCUGGCAUCAUCGAGGAAGUUUCCCGUACCUCAUUACGUCGAAUUUCUUAAAGAUAAGUACUAUGACCUUUUGACCGAUCAAAUUUUCAACCAUCACGAAGAAAUCAAGCUUCCCCGAGGUGGCAUUCUUGCGGAAAAUAUGGGGCUUGGCAAGACGUUGAUAUGUAUCGCCGUGAUAUGUGCUACUAAGCAUCAGCAGCUGGUGAUACCUCCGCAAGAAGACAUGAUAACUUUUCCUCUAGAGGAUGAGGAGCAGUAUUCAUCGGACGAUGAACUUUACUACAUUGGUGACGAUUUUGUCAAGCCUGAAGCUUCACUGGAACCAGCAAAACCACUUCCACGCCUUACACAGCUAUGCUUAGACCAAAUCCGAGACAAAGGGCUCCCCUGGAAGUUUUAUGUUCAUGAUCUUCCUCCGCAUCUUGUGGAAUUACUUCAUGAAAACCCCGCUGGGUUUCAAAUAGCCGUUAUUGGGAAUCAUUAUGACCAAUAUGCCAAAAUACGUGUGAGACAAUCAUCAAGAAUACCAGAAUUUGACCAACGCAGGAAACUCUGGCUCAGUUCGCUGACAUUGGUGGUGGUGCCUGACAAUCUAUUUCAUCAGUGGAACAAUGAAAUUGACAAACAUACCGAUCCGCUAUUCCUAAAGAAGGUUUAUAUUCUGACACAUUACCGCAAAGACUCGAGAGAUCCUGAAACCAAUUCUUGGUUUACUCGGGAAGUGCCCUCAAUUGCUGAGCUUUUGCGACAUGACGUUGUGGUGACCACUUCCUCGUUUGUCCUGCGGCUAGUAACGCAAAACAAAGGAGAUAUGCAAGGGUUAGAGCUGAUAUACUGGAAGCGACUUAUUGUGGAUGAGGGACAUUCUUUGCAUACCAAAUCUCGUACAAGUGAUACAUGCUCUAAUGUGUUUAUGUGUGAGCGCAAGUGGGCUGUUUCAGGGACGCCGACACUGGGACUCACUCAUUUAUCCAUGGCUGAGGAAGAAGUGAGAAAUCAAUUUGACUCCAAGCAAGAUUUGGGGAAAUUAGGGGUGAUUAUAGGACGGUUUCUUCGACUAGAGCCGUACUUUUCAUCGCCUCGUUUGUGGCAUAACACAAUCAUUAAACCGCUCGAGGCUGGGGCUCCGCUGGCGGAGUUAGCGCUUGGCGGUCUUCUCAAUCAGCUAAUGAUCAGACACGCAGAUGUUGAUAUGGAAUUACCUCCCCUCCAUCAUAAAGUGGUGUAUCUUAAACCACUGUACUUCAACCAAUUGGCGAUAAACAAUUUCACGGCGGUGCUAGCGACCAAUGCAGUAUCUUCAGAACGUGAAGAUAUUGAUUAUAUGUUCCAUCCGAAAAAUCAAGGUCAGUUACGUCGCUUGAUUAAUAAUCUCCGUCGAGCUACCGUAUUUUGGACAGGGUUCCUGAUUGAAGAUCUUGAAGCGCUUGUAAAGGUGUGCACUAAUUGCCUUAAUCGUGAAGAAACUGAUCCACGCUACUCAGCCAGUGAUAUAUUGUUGUUGGAGCAGUCGCGUGCCAAUGCUGAGGUUGCACUUAAUAAUCAAAGGUGGAGAGUAGCUCUGGUGGCUCAUGAGUUGUUAUACUACCUUGAUAGAAACGAGAUACCCCUGUUUUUUGUGAAAGAUUUAGCUUUAGGGGCAACUCCUGGGGAAUACGUUCUCGGUGCGCCUCAAUUGGGGGUGCUUCAAGAGGUGGUGUACAAGAAUCGGUUUGCUCUGGCGGAUAAACUUCGGGAGAAAAUCCUUGAAGCUGUUGAGAAAUUCAAUAAGCAAUAUUCGAAGGAAGGGGUCAAACGAUCGAAAAAGUUUGCUGCUGAAACAGAAGAAGCCCCCUCUCCCAAGAGAAAGAAAAGCCGAUACGAUACUCUUCCGUUGAGUAAAGCGCAACAGAAGCAAAAACGUGUUGCUCGAGCGAAGGCCACCAAAAUCAAAACUGACGCUGCCAACCAGGAGCAACAAAUCAAACUCGUUCAUGAAAAAGUUCUCAUUGAUGAUAGCGAUGGGGACGUAUCGUUUGAGAAUCUCCGUAAAGCCCGUUUGUUGGGGACUGCUCUGUCGAAGUUGAGCUACCUUGCUAGUAGAUUAGCUGAACACCAACGUCAGGGAUUGAAGCUGAUUGUGUUUUUCGACUUUGAGGAUCAUGCUUAUUACUUGGCGGAGUUACUUGAUGUAUUGGGUCUUGAUUACAUUUUGUAUGCCACUUUCAUAUCUCCUCAUGAUCGAGCAAUCAAUUUGGAGAAGUUCAGUGAUGCCAUUGGAGGUACGGCAUUGAUUAUGGAUUUAAGACUAGCAUCACAUGGGCUAACUAUCAUCGACGCCACUCGAGUUUACUUUCUUAGUCCUGUGUGGCAGAAGCUGGUAGAAGCUCAAGCCAUCAAGCGGGCUCACAGAAUUGGUCAAAGGAAACCAGUAUACGUGGAAACGCUAUUAUUACGUGAUACUUUGGAAGAGGAGAUGUAUCGUCACCGGACACUGGAAGAUCAUAAGGAGAAGUUUGUUAUAGACAAUUAUGCCAUUCAACAAUAUAUCCAGCGACAUCAGUUUCUUGAUUUAGCUCGUGAUGAAUAUAUCGAAUUUGAGGCUACACCAACCACCGAUAAAGACAUGAGCCUGAGCAAUGACACUGACGGUGGUCUACUUACGCACUGCAGUGAGAUAACCUUUGACGAGGAACGAGUGUGGCAAAUGUGGGCGUUCUCACAAGAGAACUUGGCCAGGUUGAAUCAGAUCAAAGCUCAGAUCAAAGAGAAGGAAGAAUCACGCAAACGUUGGCGGCAGCCUGAGGAGUCUAAGCCCGAAAUGGAUUCCAAACGGCCUCGCACUCACAAGAAGGUACGGUUCUGA